CUCGUCGCGUCUAUUUUUCGGCGCCCUGGAAAGCUUUCUCCAGAUCCCCCCCCUCCCCCCACAUAGACCGUUUGACUUGACUUUUCACGAACCCUGCCUGUAUCCAACUGUCCGAUAGGACCUGCGCAUCUAAUACCAACUAUCCUUUCAAAUCUCUCUUGCUCCGUUCAUAUCAUGGCAGAUGUUCGAUCAUUACUUCGGAGUGAGCUCGCUGCCCGCAAGGGUUCAUCCCAGACAGGGAGCUCUGGGAACCGUGUCACGAAGAAGCGCAAGGUAGACCCGGCCGACGACCUGAUGCGCAAGAGGAUGAGAUCUACGAGUACACCGUCCGGCCAAUCAUCACCGCAUACCGUACAGCCACCCAGUGCGCGAGCCAUCGAGGAGGAGGAGGAGGAAGACAUAGAGGAAACAGAACAAGAUAUCGCCGGACCGGAACUUCCGCCAGACACGACUCGUGAGCAGGAACCGGCGGAUGCGACCGCGCAGCCGUCCGAAAUGCCCCCUGUAGCUUCCGAACAGCCCACCGAGAAGACCCAGACCGUCGAUGAGGACGAAUGGGCCGCUUUCGAACGCGACGUGGUGGCCCCCACCCGCAUGCCACAUAGGCCCGCUGCGCUCUCAGCGGAAGCGACCAUAUCAGCAGCGCCUGUCACCGCGGAGGAGCUCGCCGCGCAACAAGCGAAAGAGCACGAAUCGAUGAAGAAAGGGCGGGAAGCCGAGGCGGAAGGCGAACGGGAGGAUGCGGCGCGGCUGCUAGAAGACGAGUUCGACGAAAUGGAACAGCUGGAGGAACGAGUCCGACGCCUCAAGCACAUGCGGGAGGAGCUACGGAAAAUGAAAACCGCGGAGGAUCCAGGGACACACGAAAUGGACGAGUCUCCUGCGGUUGUCCCAUCAGAGGACCAACACAAUCACGCGGAAAGCAACAAAAACAAUGACGAUGAAGACGACGAGGACGACGAUGAUGACUAUGACGACGACUGGGAUAAUUGGAGAUUUAAAUGAAGUUUUUACGGGGUAAAACAUCGGAUGUGGAAAACAAAAGGCGUCAAUUCAUAACAGGGAGGUCCGGGACUCUUCUUACUUACAGUGAUACCCCAUAAGCUAUGUGAAAUCACGACAGUGCUAUUAAUUCUCUUCACGGGCCACAGUACCUCUUUGGGCAGCGUCGGUGGUGUGGUGUCUCGUGUUGUGUUUCUCUGGGAGCGAAAUAUUGUACCCUAACAUUAUCUAUUGUGAGGACCCUACGCGGGCAAGAUUGUAAACCAGAUUAAUCAGAC